AUGAAGAAGUCGGGCGAUUACUCGCCAAGUACAUUCCGCUCUGGUCUUCUGCUGAUGGCCGGCACGCUUUUCGCGAUCCAGGGCCUGGUGUAUGCGUCCGAUCGUCUCGGUUCUUCUGAAGUGUCCGAACAGGUUCGGACGAGUUAUUUAUUGCAGAUAUACGGGGGCUAUUUCCUCAUCGUUUUUCACGUCCUGCUAUUCUGCCUGGACUGCAUGAUAUGGACAAAGUCGAAGAUUAACUAUGCAUUUGUUUUUGAAUAUGAUACCAGGCACACCUUAGAGUGGCGCCAAUUGUUAGAGAUACCUUCAUUUUUUAUCUUCCUCAUGGGUCUUUUCAUGUGGCUUAAUUUUUCAUGGAUGAAUUCCAUGUACAUAUACUGGCCUGUUGUACUUAUCGGUCUGUCUGUCUCUAUCGUUUUCCUGCCCGCUCGCGUGUUGUAUCACCGCAGCCGCAAGUGGUUUGCCUUUUCAAAUUGGCGACUUUUGCUUGCUGGGAUAUAUCCGGUUGAGUUCCGUGAUUUCUUCCUCGGCGAUAUGUUUUGUUCCCAAACCUAUGCGAUGGGAAACAUUGAAUUAUUUUUCUGUCUGUACGCCUCAUAUUGGACGAAUCCUGUCAAAUGCAACUCCAACCACUCUAGGCUGCUGGGAUUUUUCACCUGCCUCCCGGCGGUUUGGCGAGCAUUCCAAUGCAUUCGUCGAUAUGCCGAUACCAAGAAUGCGUUCCCUCAUCUGCUUAACUUAGGGAAGUAUAUUUUUAGUGUUCUGUACUACGCAACCCUGAGCAUGUAUCGCAUCGACCGCCAGACGAGGUUCCAGGCGUCAUUCAUUACCUUCGCUCUUCUUAAUGCCGUUUAUACCUCAGUCUGGGAUUUGAUCAUGGAUUGGAGUCUGGGUAACCCAUACGCCAAGAACCCACUCCUGCGUGAGGUCAUUGCCUUCCGACGAGUCUGGGUUUACUACGCAGCCAUGGUGCUAGAUGUCGUGAUUCGAUUCAACUGGAUCUUCUACGCCAUUUGGUCUCAUGACAUUCAGCACUCGGCAGUCCUAAGCUUUGUUGUUGCACUCUCCGAAAUUUUCCGUCGUGGUGUGUGGUCCAUCUUCCGAGUGGAGAAUGAACAUUGUACGAAUGUGCUCUUGUUCCGAGCUUCAAGGGAUGUGCCUCUUCCUUACGAAAUCCCGGAUGUUCCAACGCCCGGCUUGGACGGACCCCAGUCGGACGAUGUGCAGUUACAGGAACAGCAGCAUGUUGCGACGCCAUUCCUUCAGCCAGCAGAUAUCGAACAGGGAGCCGCGACUACAUCCAGUCUACGUGCUCGGAACAGACGCCCCUCUGCUGGCAUCAUUCGCGUCGGGACUAUUGUUGCCUCGGCACAUGCCCAGGACUUCCAGCGCCGUCGGCUCCCGACUUACAUGUCCAACGCUAGCAUGUCUCAUGAGAUACACCACACUCCAGACGACUCCACUGAUGAGGAUGAGGAUGUCGCAUUGACUACCGACGAUGAUUCUGGAUCCAUAGCCGAUGCUGCGCAUGAAGAAUCACAACUACCACCUACUGAACGGCAGUCCCCAACCAUGCGCCGCAUCGUCGAGUAG